AAGCUCACUCUGAGUCGGAAAACGGUGGUAAAAAAAAGCGUGUCAGGAAAAAAAGGCCAAGACAGAAACACAUUAUUAUACGUUUAUCACAAUGCUUCCUUUAUCUCUGCUUAAGACCGCCCAGAACCAUCCUAUGCUGGUGGAGCUGAAGAAUGGGGAAACGUAUAACGGUCACCUGGUCAGCUGUGACAACUGGAUGAACAUCAACCUGAGAGAAGUCAUCUGCACCUCCAGGGAUGGAGAUAAAUUCUGGAGGAUGCCUGAGUGCUACAUCAGAGGAAGCACCAUCAAGUAUCUGCGAAUCCCAGAUGAAAUCAUCGACAUGGUGAAGGAGGAGGUUUUGUCAAAGGGCCGUGGGCGUGGUGGUGCCCAACAAAACAAACAGCAGGGCAAAGGAAGGGGAGGAGGAGGAGGCGGCGGCCGAGGUCUGUUUGGUGGCCGUGGUAGAGGAAUGAGCACCGGCCGCGGUCCACCACAACAGCAGCAGCAGCAACAGCAGCAGCCACAGCAGUCUGAUAAGAAACCAGGCAAGCCACAGGGGAUGAAGAACCAGCACUGACCAAUGACAUUACACCUUUAACAGCACAUCCUUUAAUUCAGUCCUUUAUUCCUUCAGUACAUGACUUGUUUUCUUCCGCUCAGAUGUUCGUCAGGACUGACGGCUACAGAAACCUCACAGGGAGAAGUUAAGAGAAGCUGUGCAUUUGCACUGAAUUUUGUUUUUUAGCAAUUUUUUGUUGGUAUGAACAUUUUUGUGGCCCUAAACCAGGAUAUCAGUAUCAAUCUGUAACAUGUGUCCUUAAAUAUCAUAAACCACAUGCAGUUAUUCAACACAUAGCUUUUGGUCAGUUGGUACACUGGAAUGAGGCUUUUCUUUUUUCUCCCCAUGUAGUUUAGAUUGGUAAAAGGACUGCACAGCCCCAACCUUUUUUAAUUCCUUAAAUUUGCUCUUUAUUUCUGUUGUUUGUGACAUACUGUUGUUUGCAACAUUUUUUGUUGGGCUUGAAUCGCAGCAGGUGAACUUUUAAACAAGCAGUCACCAGAUGAGAAUUCAGUCCUCUUCUUCAAACUCUUCUGUUUAAUAAUGGUUCAUGUGGAUGAAUGUCUCAUGUUCAUUAGUCUGAUAUGAAUCAAUCCAACAUUUGUCCCGUUGGUUGGAUUUCAUUUUAUUUUUGUAACAAAAAACAUUGUUGUAAUUUAUUUACACAAAAACAUGAGAAUAAAAGAACUUUGUUAAAGCA